AUGUUUGAAGAUGUAAAAUCAGAAUCUAUUGAAAGCAAUCAAAAGAAUGAUGAGUUGAAUUAAGAACUGUAACAAUAUUGGAGAAAAAUUAUAACAAAUUUGGGCGAAAAUUUUCUACAUUUGCAAGCAUUGAGCAAAGAAUGUGACUCUUUAGAAAUAAUCUAAUCUUUAUUUUUAUUAGAAUAGGCAAAAGGAGAUUAAAAUUGUAAAAAUGAGUAGAAAGAUAUCACCAAAUAGUUGGAAUGGUUAAAAUCCGAAUCAAUAAAUAAUAAUGAAGAAAUGAAAUACGGCUUGGAUGGAAUGCUCCUAUUGAUAGAAAAGUAAUAGUAAAUUGAAAAGAAAAACAAUGAAAUGAUUAUUAAAUUGAUUAAAAAGUAAGAUGAUAACUCAAAGAAAUUAACAGAUUUAUAAAUAGAUUUGUAAAGAGAUAAUAAUAAUAAAUGUUCUAUAAACAUACCUACUUUAAGAGGAUCUAUGAUUGAUAAAGCAAAAUCAACGAUUCCUUAUUCAGCUUACAAUUCCCCUAACAACAGAGAAAUAAGACAACAAAGUAUGUAUAAUAAUUUACUGUCGAAUAUUAAGUUAACUCAUGUUUCUGGAACACAUAAUGAGAAUAAUAGCCAUUUAAGAAAAGUAAAUAAAAUAAAUCCUCUUUUUUGA